AUGAGAAAUUCCAAAUCACUUCGUGUCACAGAGAUCUCUGAGCCCGAAUCUCAGGAUCCAUUGGAAGUACCGUUGAAAUCGGGUCAGAGGUACGGAUGGUGGGAAGAUCACGAACAUGGAGACAUGCAUGGAUUGGCGACGAUACAUGGAGCUGUGAAUGACUCCAGAACCAGAAUCUUAUUAGACACUGGUGCGUCCGUGAGCAUUAUGAGUCUUGAUCUAGCGCGUAGACUCAAACUCAAGCUCCGGACACACCGUCAAAUCAAAGUUUCUGGUUUGGGAGGAGUGACCACUUACAUUACUACUCAUGCCCGAGUGAAGAUAACCCUCGGAUGGAGUGUGGUGUACGUCCUGAACAUCUGGGUUGGCAAUAUUGGAGAAGGUGUUGAUGUCCUGCUCGGCAUGAUCUUUAUGCAUUCGGCAGGUGUCCGACUCUGCAUACGAGAAGGCUUAGUCAAGCUGCCUGACGAAGAGACUGUGGUUAUGUAUGAUGAUAAUCCCAAGUCCCGUGAUAUGGAUCUCCCGGUGUGCCCAGAGGAAAGCAUACACUUGCGUCCUGGUCAGGAUGCUAUCGUACGAAUCCGGUAUGGCCAGUCCAACCCCCAACGCGAGUUGGUGUGGGCUGGGAGAGGCAAAAACCGGGUGACCAAGGCCCUGUAUUCCACCAGAUCCUGGGCCACUGCCGUCAAGGUUGUCAAUGUUUCAGACCAGAAUGUCUGGAUCGAUACUAGGACCGCUGUUGCGCGUAUUGUGGAGUAUGGACAGUUCCCAGGACAGCCUGGAUUCGUUCGUCCUGGGAAGGCGCGGUAUGAGGAAUGGCAACAAUUGAUCCAUGAGUGUACCGUGUCACGCCAGGCAAGGAUGCGUACUGAACGAUUGGAGCAGAUUCUCAGAGAGAGGGAGCCUCCGUGCACCCCGACUCAGAGAUAUCAGUGGCCUACUAAGCACUUAAUGCGUCCGCAGUCCCAAGCCUCUGAAGUGAAGAUGGCGAAGUUACAAGAAAAGCUGAAACCGUUGGAUAUGACACUCAAGAUCACUGGGCAUUCAGCGGUCGUCAUGAACACGGUCACGAGAGACCCCGAGGAACCUGGGACUCGUCCUGAGCCGGUAGAACAUACUCAUUCUGACUUGAGUCCAGAAGUUAAAACCCUGGAUUCAGAGGGUGUCGCUGCGUUAGCGAGUCGUCAGCGGAUGUCCAGUCGCAGACAAGCUGUUCGACACCGGUACAAAGACUGGAAGCAGAAUAUGCUCGGGUUAUGCGAGUCUCUGUCGAAGAGCUGGAUCUGGAACCUGCUGUAUAUCUCAGAGAAGGAAUUGCGAGACCAACUUAUCAUGCUCUCGGAAAUUGAAGAGCUGACCCCAGAAUGUAGCAUCGACGAAGCUAAUGUCGGGGUUCCAGGGGACACAACUCCAGAGAUGGAAGCCAAGAUGAUAGGGAUCCUGAAACGCCAUCGCAGCAUCUUCCUGGGAGAUGGCAACGCAGCUCCAGCCCCGGCUAGGGGCGUAGUGUGUGAUAUCAACGUUGGCAAAGCAAAACCAGUAGCUUUACGUGCGAGACAGAUUGCCGCACCUUUCUGGCUGACUGACGGUAAGUUGCUGGAGGCGGAGCUCAUCGAGCAUUCAGAGUCCGAGUGGCCACCACCUAUUGUGAUUGUGCUGAAGAAAAACGGCAUAGACAUCCGGAUGUGUAUUGACUACCGACUCCUGAAUUUGCUCAUCAAACUAUCCCGCUAUCCUCUACCCUUGAUUGAUGAUCUGCUGGUAGAUUUCAAAUCCGCGAUGUGGUUUAUGAGUCUCGACAUGGCAAGUGGAUUCGGGGCGGUGCGAAUGACUGAACGUGCGAAGUUGAUCUCUGCGUUUGUCUUCCCGUUCAGCCACUUUCAAUGGCUCAGAAUGCCUUAUGGAUUGAAGAAUGCGCCGUUAAUUUAUCAGAGCAUCAUCAACAGCUGUCUGUGGGGAUUCGCCCGUCUACCUCCUGAAGAGGAAGCGAUGGUUGACCUAGAAGUUCUUGAGUUCCUGGAUUUCGAGCCUCAAGAAGCCCUGAAAACUGAGUUGGAUAUGAGGGAUUCAGGGAUCCCUUCAUUGGACAUGACUGUAUUCCGACGCAAUAUCCCGGCUCCAUCACAAAUGGGUCCGGUCUUGGGAAGAAGCUCGUAUAUUGAUGAUAUCGGUCAUGGGGCGUCGAUCUGGGACCUACUAUAUGAGGAUCUGGAGGCGUUGUUAUACAGACUACGAUACUGGAAUAUCUCUGUGAGCUUACCGAAAAGUGAAUUUGGAAAGUUGACCAUCCCAUUCCUCUCUCAUGGAAUGAGUGCGGACGGAAUCAGCGCCUUGCCGAAGAUUGUCAAAGGCAUAGAAAACUUACCUUUUCCGUCAACGUACAAGGGAGUACAGUCCUUGUUAGGAAGUCUGAAUUACUACAAUAAGUUUAUUGAAGACUUACCAGUAGUCACCGCUGCGCUCUACGAACUGGACGAAGAGCGCGUACGUGCUGGACGGAACCUGAAAGCCGCAAAGGAGUCCUUCGAGAUACUGAAACGCAAGAUCGUGUCGACCCCGCUGCUGCGACAUCCAGAUAAAACCAAGCCUUUCGUGAUUAUUCCGCAUGCUAACCCGUGGGCGGCGUGUGCAGUUUUGGGUCAGGAGCAUGAAGGACUCAUACACCCAGUACGAUUUACUGGCAGAGUGUUGAAGGAAUCAGAGCUACGUUACGACAUAGCUGAGAAGGAAGUGCUCGCAAUCUUGCGGACUCUGGAAAUUUUCAGACCUCACGGAUCAGAAUUCCCGGUUGUGGUGUAUACGCGCUACUCUGAACUACAGUGA